GAAAUGGUCGCCCCGCCGCAAAGUGCGGGCCAUUUAGCUAGUUGUAGUUUAUAAGACUAACUUAACAAUAUUUAUUAGAUUAAUUUAAUUUCGACUUAAAAGAUGUCAUUCAAGAAGGGUCAGUGUAAUAUCGCCACUCCAUCGAUGUGGUCACCACCAUCACACCCCCCAUUGUCAACCCGCUCAUCGGCCAUUGCCUACCCCUCAAGCAGUUUCGUCCUAACCUAUAUCAAGCACCUUAAGUUAAGCAUGAAUUCAUAGAUAUUUUGUGGAGCUCUCAUUGUUCCCAAAACCAACACUCUAACGCACAUAUCACGUUUUACCUUUUCUGUGCUAAUCAAUAGUUUGUGGAGCUCUCUCACUCAACCUCAACAUGAGCAGAGUAACUUAAUAUAGUUCGUUGUAAAAAAACCCCAUAAAAAAGCGUCGUUCAAGAAGCCAUGAAACUAGGGAUGACAACAAAACCGGAACCCACAGGUACCCACCCGACCCAACCCGGUCAACGUGGGUAAAAUCCGUGUUGACGGGUUUUGGGCCGGGUUUGGGUUUAAACCCAUUCACUAUAUUCACCGGGUUGGGUUGAGUUUGGGUUUAGGUAAACCCUCCCACACCCAUAUAAUUAAUUUUCUCAGUAUAUUUAAUAUUCUAAACAACUAAUCUUUUUAUGUUGGUUGAGACAUGUCUAAUUUUUUUCUUUUUAAUUGAAUAGAACGAAGUUGAUGUUAUUGAGUGGAAAGUGAAAAAAACUUAAUUGACAAGAAGGAAGAAGCUUUCAAUUAAUCAUGAUAUUUAUGGAUAAUUUGUGAUUUGUUUCAAUUUUCUUGAGUUUUCUAGAUUGAUGUUGAACACUUUAUAUAGUUAAUUUGUGAUUUGCUUGAAUUUUAUAGAAUGGUGUUUUAUAUAUGGAUAAUUUUAAUUUGCAUCGAGCGUUGUAAAUUGUUUCCCUACAUGAAACAUAAUAUCUUUACAUCAUGAUAAUCUCUCCCGAAGUUUGCUUAUAAUUGUUUCCUGAUUCCAAGAGCAUCCAAGUCCAAACCUUGUGUUGCUGCUGGCGUUGUAAACGCCGAUCAUGGAUCAGUAUUAUACCACCAUUAUCAUCUCGAUCUUCACAAUCACAACGACAAGGCAUACGGCCCCAUAUGCCAUAUGCACACAAUGGGUAUAUGGUGUUGUGUAACUAGGUAGCAAACAAAGCAGAGUGAGAAAGAAGAUGGCGAAACAGAGACUUCAAACACAGCAUUGUACUCUACGUCCCAUCACUUUCAAAUCGCCUCAAAUCCGUUUACAUAACUAUAUCCUUUGUUUCGGCGCCAUUGUUAAAAGACUUGGUAAAACACCACUCCUACAUCCGGCUUCUUGGCCGGCUCCCAAUCAACAAAUAAAGAAGGAAAGAAAGAAUGCAGAGAACAAGAAGCAAAACAGAGAACAACGCAACUCCUCCUAUUUCCCUUUGUUAAUAUAUGAUCAAACAAAUUAAACACCUACUAGAUGACAGGUUCCCCAGCUAGCAUUGGGACAUACGUUCCAGAAGGGGGAAAAAUUAUGCCUUUUUUUCAUAUUUUCUUCUGUUAUAUUUAAACUUUGCGAGAACUUCCCGCAACUUGAGAAACAGAGCAGUUAUCACUGAUCAUCAGUUGCUUAGUAAAAUAUUCUUCCAGGCCCAUUUUUUUCCUUUUCUUUCUUUCCUUUCAGUUUGAUUGAAACUCUGUUUCUCGUAAUCUCUUAAUUGGGUUGAUCCAUGGCGGGAGGAGGUGGCGGCGGAGACCGCUCCCUGCACGACACUCCGACGUGGGCCGUCGCCGGCGUCUGCUCCAUCUUCAUCAUCUUGUCCAUUCUCAUCGAACACGCCAUUCUCAAACUUGGAAAGUGGUUCCAGAAGCGGCAGAAGAAGGCCAUGAUUGAGGCCCUGGAGAAGGUUAAAGCUGAGUUGAUGUUGUUAGGGUUUAUAUCGCUUAUGCUGACGGCGGGAACGAGAGCGAUUCCAAGGAUAUGCAUCUCCCACGAACUCGGCCGGACGAUGCUCCCUUGCAGCACCACUAGUGAUUUGGAAGUAUCAAAAGAGAAAGGCAAAGAUGGCGGCGGCGGCGACGACAGAAGAAAGCUCUUGUCCUUCGAUGGAACAGGGGAUAUGGGUUCAUCGUGGCAUCGAAUGUUGGCAGGGGCAGAAGGCGGCGAGGAUUACUGUUCCUCAAGGGGGAAGGUACCUUUGAUAUCAGUAACAGGGGUGCAUCAGUUGCACAUAUUUGUGUUCGUGCUGGCCGUUUUCCAUAUCAUGUACUGUGUCAUUACCAUGACCCUAGGGAGAGCCAAAGUGAAGAAAUGGAAGACAUGGGAGUCAGAAACUUCUUCUGAGGAGUACCAAUUUACCAAUGAUCCUACAAGGUUCAGAUUGGCACAUCAGACUUCCUUUGUAAAGCGACAUUCUGGCAUUUUCGCUGCACCCGGGAUCAGAUGGGUUGUCGCAUUUUUUAGACAAUUCACCGGUUCAAUCACUAAAGUGGAUUACUUGACCAUGAGAAAUGGGUUCAUCAAUGCACAUUUAAAUUCAAAUGCCAAAUUCGACUUCCAUAGAUACAUAAAGAGGUGCAUGGAAGAUGACUUCAAAGUGGUCGUUGGUAUUAGUUUCCCACUUUGGAUUUUCGCCAUACUCUUCAUGCUCCUAAAUGUCCAUAGAUGGCACACGCUUACCUACUUGACAGCAGUCCCAUUCAUUAUACUUCUGGUGGUUGGUACCAAACUGGAACUUGUCAUCAUGGACAUGGCUCAGCAGAUCCAAGAAAGAAGCACAGUGGUUAAAGGAGCUCCAAUCGUUGAACCCGACAACAGAUAUUUCUGGUUCAAUCGACCUCACUGGAUCCUCCUCUUACUCCACUACACUCUGUUCCAGAAUGCGUUUCAAAUGGCGUAUCUAUUGUGGAAUUGGUAUGAAUUCAAGUUCAACAAUUGCUUCCGUGAAAACAAGGUGGCAAUCCUGGUCAGAGUUUCCCUCGCCAUUAUCCUUCAGUUCAUCUGCAGUUACAUCACUUUCCCUCUCUAUUCUCUAGUCACACAAAUGGGUUCGAACAUGAAGCAAGCGAUCUUCGAGGAGCAAACAGCGAAGGCGCUGAGGAAAUGGCAGAAGGCGGCGCAGGACAGGAAGAAGUUGAGGCAGGCAGGUGGGGAAGGAGCCAGUCCCCUGUCUUCGGGAGCUACUUCUCCCCGUCCGUUUAAGUUCGCCGGAGCGAAAGGCGGCGGCGGAGGAGGAUCGGUGUUGACCAGCGGCGAGACGACACCGAGCACGACGGCAUCUCCGGUGCAUUUGCUUCACAAUUUCAAUCACCGAUCGACUCAGCAUGACAUUGAGGAUGUCCCCGGUGCGCCGUAUUACCACUCUGACACCGAUGCAUCGGAAUUCGAAGCCGGCGGUGGUGGAUCCGAUCGGAAUGGGCACGUUGAUGAAACUCGACGGCGAGAUGAACAGGAGAAGAUCAAUCAGUCGGAGUUUACUUUUGUACAACUUUGAAUGGUUUUGGGAAGGAUGAGAAUAUUUUUUUCGUUCAUUCCUCUUUUUGAUGAAAUUUUGCUGAUCAUGUUAAGUUCGAUUCGAUACUAUCUAGCAGAAAUCACGCUAAGUCCCUCUCUAGGUGUUGAGGAGGGAUUCUACUCCUAAUGAGUUUGGGUUGUAAAUUUAGAGGUAUAUGUUACAUUCAGAUUUUGCACAAUCUUUGAAUGGUGGAUUGGAAUAUGACUAUACUUAAUAUUUUGGUUAAAUAUACUUGUACAUCCAAAACUUUCAUGGUUGUGCCAAUAAUAUCCAAAUUUCCUGAAAUACCACUUAUAGCCACUUCCGUCGAAUUCUUUAACGGUGUCAGCUAAUAAGCUGACUGGACAAAUGGAAAUGCUGAGUUGGCGAGUUUCUCCAGCAAUAAUUCCACGCUGGAUUAAGUUUAAAAAAUAAAAAAUAAAAUAAAAAAGGAGAUGAAAGGUCCCCACCAAAUGCACACUCCUUCCUUCCCUCUGUGAUUACUCAGCCCCACCAGCCGUCGCGGCCGCUUCUCCGCCUCGUCGAACCCAAAACUCCACCAUUCCUUCGCCUAGUUGAAGGAGGCUUUGCGAUUUCGAGUGCGAUACCGACCUAUCCUUGUUCUUCCAUUGCAGCAAGGACUGGAGAAACCACUAGCAGGGACUCGACAAAGGGUGUUCUUUUCCCUGUUAUGAAAUCGAGCACCACUAAGCACUAGCUAUCUUCUUAUCCUUCGUUGAACAAAUGGGGAUGGGAGUGGGUUUUGUGUCGAUUUGAUUCAAGAAGGAGCUGAAGCCAUUAUGUUGGCCUUGAUGUGGGUGUUGGUGGGCAAUUCCUAGAUCUGGAAAUCGCUGUCAAAGGCGACAUUCUCAGCGGCGGAGGAGUAGUCGCGGUCGCGGCGGUUGUGGGUUAAUUAGUACUGUCGCGACGACGAUGAUGAAGUCAGUAAGCCACUACCCUUUCCUAACGACGAUGCAGGAGCUUUGGGGAGACUCUGUUACUCACAAAGCGACGGAGACCUCCAAAAGUCUAGACCUGCAUCUUCAAUCUCGCCGACGUUGUCUCUCUCGGCUCUCAAUCUCACCUCAAAACUGGGCUUGUGAGAAGAAGAAUCAAAUGUUUCAAGGAUUGUGCGGGAUUUAAGGUGGGAUUGAGUGACGAUUGAUGCGGAGACUGAGCUUUGUGUGCUGGCGAUUCUCCUCCAGUACUCUCUUCUGUCUGAGCUCAUCUUCAUCGGAAGCUAGCUCUUGACCAUCCAAAACAACCAUUCAUGGUGUCACUGAGCUUCGCACCCCAGCCGCUCACCUGGCGGAACCUCAGUUUCAUGAGAUAUAGGGUAAGAAAUAUAUGAACCCGCGAAAGAUUAAUUUCAUUUUUUAUCUCAUUUUAAGCAACCAAUGUGAGAAUUAAGGGCUAAUACCACUACAACACCCGAACUAUCCGAAAAAUGGCCCUUGUGUCCUAUUGUUUCCAAUAUUCCAUUCAUGUCCUGAACUAUUUUUCUAUGUAAAGUUGACUCAUUUUGACCAUUAGUUUUUAACAGAAAGUCAAAUCAGCAUUGAUGUGGCACAUGACAUGGAAUUUUAAUUUAUUUAAUAAAAAAAUUAAAUAAAAAACAAUGAAAAUUAAAAUAAAACGUUUCAUCUCCACCAUUCACCCUCUCAAUCCUUUCUCCCCGGUUCACCCUUCAUGUUCACCACCAAGAAUCCGUCGGAUUGGCGAAGAACACAUUGCAAAUCGGUCUGGAUUUGCGAGAAACCCAUUGCUACAUCGCAAAUCUGGAAACCACCGGCCCAAAAUCUCCUCCUUCUCCUGCUCUUCCUCUGCCAACAUCCAUAAGAAUUGUACUUCAGAUACGAAGAGAAGUCGGAGACGGAAUCAAAGCGAAGAAGUUCG